AACCGGAAACUGGUCCGACGGUAAAAACACAAUAAAUGGUAUGCCUUUAGCGAUCAGCCCCUUUAGCAUCACGUUAAGACAUUUUAGGCAUUUUACGCAUUUUAGCUUUCAUCUCUGGAAUUGGUAUGAUUUUUCUGAUUUCGAAGCGCAUAUUGAAUUUUUCUUGGAUAACCGGAGCAAAGUGCUUUAAAACAGUUUCAGGAAAUUUCUUUACAAUAACAGCAGAUAAGAUGGGUUUCAAGCAUCCUUUAGUCUGGAUUGAUCUAGAGAUGACAGGCCUUGACCUAGAGAAAGACAAAAUCUUGGAGAUUGCCUGCCUUUUGACUGAUGGAGAGCUCAACAACGUUAAGGAAGGCCCGGAAUUGAUCAUACACCAAACAGAUGAAAUCUUAGAUAAUAUGAAUGAAUGGUGCACUAAUCAGCAUGGCAAGACUGGCUUAACCGAAUCUUGCAGAAAAAGUCGAGUAACUGAAGCAGAAGCCGAGAAACGAGUCAUGGAAUUUCUCAUAGAAAAUGGAAUCCAACCAGGACAAGCCCACUUGGCUGGAAACUCAGUGUAUGUGGACAGGCAGUUUCUGUCAAAGUUCAUGCCAGAAAUUGACAAAUACUUGCACUACAGAAUAGUGGACGUGUCAUCAGUCAAGGAAUUGUGCAAGUACUGGUAUCCCGAGAAACGCCUCAAUACACCUGCCAAAGAGGGAAAUCACAGAGCUAUGGGGGACAUUUACAACAGUCUCCACGAGCUUAAAUAUUACAAACACAACAUUUUCAUGUGAAGAGGGAAAUCACAGAGCUAUGGAAGACAUUUACAACAGUCUCCACGAGCUUAAAUAAUACAAAUACAACAUUUUCAUGUGAAAUUUC